AUGCUAGGCAGUAGGCUAAGCAGCGUCCUCAGAUGGGCCAAAUUAUUUAUCAUAUGUUGCAUUUUCUCCAUCGAUAUUGCUAACCUCGGCAUGGUCAACAUCGCACUACCAUCCAUUCGAGAGGAUCUGGACUUCGAUGAAGGAUCUUUGCAAUGGAUCCUGACCGCAGACUCACUCACUUACGGUAGCUUUCUGAUGGUUGGUGGACGUGCCGGGGAUCUAUUCAGCCUAUACCACAUCAUUCUUGUCGGCCUGACCAUCUUCAAUGUCUCUACCCUUGCGUGUGCUCUGGUUUCCGAUUGUAUCGGCUUGGUUGUCGCAAGGGCUUUCCAAGGACUCGGUGCAAGCUUGACUGUACCGUGUGCACAAGCAUCAAUAUCAAUCCUCUUCCCGGAACCUCACACCCGUGUGAAGGCAUAUGCUAUCUGGGGAGCCACUGGCUCGACUGGCUUCGUAUGA